AUGCUCAAAGCGUCGCUUCUGUCGUUCGUGGCCUUCACGGCCCAGGUCGCCAACGCGGCCUUUGGCAUCACCACCAGCUCCAGCGCCUAUGUCAUCGACACCAAUGCACCAAACCAGCUGACGUUCACCGUCAGCCGCAGCAGCUGCGACAUUACCUCCAUCGUCCACUAUGGCACGGAGCUGCAGUACUCUAGCCAGGGCAGUCACAUUGGGUCGGGUCUGGGCUCUGCCACGGUGACCGCCGUGCAGUCCGGUGACUAUAUCAAGGUGACCUGUGUGACGGACACCUUGACGCAGUACAUGGUGGUGCACAAUGGGGACCCGAUAAUUCACAUGGCGACAUAUAUCACUGCCGAACCGUCAAUCGGCGAGCUGCGGUUUAUCGCUCGACUGAACUCGGACGUGCUACCGAACGAGGAGCCGUUUGGCGACGUUUCCACCACCGCCGAUGGGACUGCCAUUGAGGGAUCGGAUGUGUUCUUGGUCGGCAGUGAAACCCGCAGCAAGUUCUACUCGAGCGAGCGAUUUAUCGACGAUCAGCGACACUGCAUUGCCGGGGAUGCCCACCGCGUUUGCAUGAUCUUGAAUCAAUACGAAAGCUCCUCCGGAGGUCCUUUCCACCGGGAUAUCAACUCGAACAACGGAGGGAGCUACAACGCCCUCUACUGGUACAUGAACUCCGGCCACGUUCAAACCGAAUCCUACCGGAUGGGUCUCCACGGUCCAUACUCGAUGUACUUCAGUCGCAGCGGUACCCCCAGCACCAGUAUCGAUACCUCAUUCUUCGCGGACCUUGACAUCCAAGGCUAUGUUGCCGCCUCAGGCCGAGGCAAAGUGACCGGCACGGCAUCGGGAGCAGACUCGAGCAUGGACUGGGUGGUUCACUGGUACAACGAUGCGGCACAGUACUGGACUUAUACCAGCUCCAGCGGCAGCUUCACCUCGCCCGCCAUGAAGCCCGGAACCUACACCAUGGUCUACUACCAAGGCGAGUACGCGGUCGCCACGAGCUCGGUCACCGUGUCCGCCGGAUCGACAACGACGAAGAACAUUUCGGGGUCCGUGAAGACCGGCACUACCAUUUUCAAGAUUGGUGAAUGGGACGGACAACCAACCGGCUUCCGCAACGCAGCGAACCAGCUCCGCAUGCACCCGUCCGACUCGCGCAUGUCCUCCUGGGGUCCACUGACCUACACGGUUGGCAGUUCCGCUCUGACUGACUUCCCGAUGGCCGUGUUCAAGAGCGUCAACAACCCGGUCACCAUCAAAUUCACCGCGACAUCCGCGCAGACCGGCGCAGCGACCCUGCGGAUCGGGACGACCUUGUCGUUUGCCGGUGGACGACCCCAGGCGACGAUCAACAGCUACACAGGAAGCGCACCAGCUGCGCCGACAAACCUGGACUCUCGGGGCGUGACCCGCGGUGCGUACCGGGGGUUGGGCGAGGUGUAUGAUGUGUCCAUCCCGUCGGGGACGAUCGUCGCGGGAACAAAUACGAUUACGAUCAACGUGAUCUCUGGAAGUUCGGGGGAUACGUAUUUGAGUCCGAACUUUAUCUUUGAUUGUGUGGAGCUGUUCCAGUAG